AUGCCCGAGGAGAGCAUACACUCGCCGUUUAGUUCCGAAAUACCGCACGCGUUCAUCUACAAUGAUACCAGAAAGGGGACAACCCUCUAUUGUGGACCCUAUUUGAGGUCCAUUGAGAGUUUUGCGCAGAAAUAUAAUUAUCAACUGCAGCUGGAGCACGUGGAGAACUUGCCAAAGAAGUCGCUGAUGCUGCAGCAGAUAGCCGAGGGCUAUUACAAUAUGUCCGUGCACGGUGUGAACAUCCGAUCCAUGUCCGAGGAUCCCUUGUCGAAUUUAACGCAGUACAGUUAUCCCAUCGAGGUGAUGAAGUUCUGUGUGAUGGUGCCGCUGGCACCGGAGCUGCCCAAAUGGAUGUACAUGGUCUGGCCGCUGGGUCGCUAUGUCUGGACAUCCAUCUUCUUGUCCAUAUUCUAUGUGGCCCUGCUGCUGCGUUACAUACACCGACGGGAGACUGUCACCCGCUCCUAUACGCGGAAUCUGCUGCAUGCCCUGGCCAUACUCAUGUACAGCCCGAAUAUGAAUAUGCAGGUGCAGCUGAGUCAGCCUCCAGUGCGUAUGCUGAUCUUCUACACGCUGCUCUACUUGCAGGGCUUUAUAUUGUCCAAUUACCACAUCAGCCACAUGACCUCCUUCGACAUGAAGCCGGUUUUCGUGAAGCCCAUUAAUACGUGGUCGGACCUAAUAGAGUCUCGGGUGCGCAUUAUUAUACCGGAUACGCUGCUGGAGGAGCUGCGCAUUUUGCCUGUGGUGGACGUUUCCUUGCUGGAUCCCCAGUUCGAGCCACGCAUUUGACAGGACU